GACAAUCAUAUUAAUAGUUUUAUAUCAAGGAUUCAACAUUAUUUAUUUAUUUUUAGGGUAUCUAUCUACUCAUAAAAACAAGAUUAAACAAUGGAUCACAUUAAGGUCAUUAACAAUGUUUAACUUUUGUGACUCAAUCAACAUUAAAAAAAAAAAAAACGAAAAAGAAGUGGGCUUGUUGGGCUUUAAUAUUAAUGGGCUAUUACAUUGGAGUACCCAAAAACUCACUCUCUCAUCUUCUCCCACUCAACCGCUCUCUUUCUCACCGUUGGCGACUGACAACGGCGGCCGUAACUUCCGGCGGCGAUUCACCGGAAAUUCAAUCUUCAACCUUCAAUCUAAGGGUUUAUUUCGUAUCAAUUUGUGAUUUUAGUGGGGUGAUUUUGACGAUGAUGAGAGAGAAUCAGUGGUUAACAUCAAUGGCGGAAUCAAACGGAAUCGUAGUUAUUGUAGUGACUGUGUUAACAUUGAUUCUUGUUCGAUUGAUGUAUGUUCUUCAUCGAUGCGGCAAAUCAUUACGACCUACUACUGUUAAACCACUGAGUACUCUCAUUGUUCUUGGUUCAGGUGGUCACACCGCUGAGAUGAUUAAUCUCUUGUUGGCGUUGCAAAAGGACAGGUUUAUGCCGAGAUAUUACAUAGCUGCUGCUACUGAUAAUAUGAGCCUGCAAAAAGCUCGAACAUUCGAGAGCUCCUCAGAUAAUGAGAAUGGGAUGAAUGCAGCACAGUACAUGCAGAUAUAUAGAAGUCGAGAAGUUGGUCAGUCAUAUAUAACUUCUGUUGGGACAACCCUGAUUGCCAUUGCUCAUGCACUAUGGUUGAUGAUUAAAAUCAGACCUCAAGUGAUUCUCUGUAAUGGCCCUGGAACUUGUAUACCUUUAUGUGCAAUUGCCUUUAUGUUUAAGGUACUAGGGAUAAGAUGGUCAUCAAUAUUCUAUGUGGAGAGUAUUGCAAGAGUAAAAAGACUCUCUUUGAGUGGUUUGCUGCUCUACAAACUAAGAAUUGCUGAUCAACUUUAUGUGCAAUGGCCUCAACUGCAAAGGAAGUAUCCUCGAUCCAUUUAUGUUGGUUGUCUCAUGUAGCUGGUUGCUGCAUGAUCAUUUGUGUAGACUACUGAUAUUUAUCUGAUGUAAUAGAACAAGUCAAAUUUUUUCACUAAAUAUACUAGGUAAGUUGGGUUUAAUGAUAUGUUUUGUAAUCAUCUCCCCACCCUUUUUACUUUGAUAUAAAGGGGCCUAAGGGCUCUACUCGUUUUGUACAUCCUCUGUCCUGAAUCCUCCUGAUUACUAGCAAUUAUCUUGACAUUGUCCAGUUUA